AUGACUCGAGGUAUCAAGAAUAGCGACCAAGGUGUAAUUUCAACCAUUGUUUCUAGGUUGCUUCCCUUGGUCAUUGGUUCAUGGGUUAUUAUAUAUCUGCUUAGAAAACAGGGUGGAGAGGCAGAUGUGCAGAAUUCCAGGAUAUAUUCAUGGAUAGCAUUCUAUUGGAACAAGUUAAGAGAGAGAAAUACUGGAAAUCGUGAUGGUUCCAUACUGGGUCCUGCUCAGUUUAACCCAACUGAAAGGUUUGAGAUUUAUAACGUGGAAUCUCUUUCACUGAUAGCUGUUCUGAGCAUAUGCUUAGUUUAUAUGCUGAGCUGA